CUGAAUUACUCUGACUGGAGCGGUUUUUCGAAAAUUAUGGUUAGUGAUGGAUGUUCUCAGAAAGCGACUGAAUGAAUUUAGAGAAGAGGAGGACGAUUUGAGAAGUAAAGUUUCAGACAUUGAAAGUCAAAUUAAGUGUGUAGCGGAUGCAACUCACAAGGUUAAUUCAGAACAGUAUGAACUUGCUGCUAAAGAAAUGUUACUUAAGCAGAAGUGUCAAAUGCAAAACGACAGAUUAAAGGAUGCGCUUAACAGGCUUUCUAGUCACAGAGAUAGUCACGAUCAUCAUUCUAGGAAAUUGGAAAACCUGAACAACAAGAAUUAUAGCCAGGAUUCAAAAAUAGAUGAAUUAGAGGCAGAGCUGAUGCGAUUGCGGAGCGAGUGCUUAGAAGUCCAGGCUCGUGUUGACGAGACUGUAAUUCAUCUGAAACAUGUAGAAUUCGCCAAAGAAAAUGCUGAAAAACGAGCCAAUGCAACCGAGUCGAAAGUUCAAGACCUCGAAUCGCAACGUACAUCCACAUUGGAGGCUUUGAGACGUGCUGAGCUGAGUGAUAUACAGUAUCUAUCGACAGAUGAUUUGGAAAUGAAGGAAAAAAGCUUACGGGAACAGUUGCAGAGGUUUCCUCAUUAAAGCACUUCAUCAAAGCUCUUGUGAAGCAUACGCUUCAUACAGUUGUGCUAACUGACUUAGAAUACAAAUGUGAUUCCCACAAUCAUUUUCUUGUCAAUGGUUAUGAAUCAAAACAUUUUGUGGAUAUAAAUAUGUUAAAAGUUUUUUAAAAAUGACAGUUUGAAGUCACCUUCGUAUGAUACAAAACUACCCAACUGAAUAGUGUAUAUACGAAUUAAAUGCAAUAGCCCUUUAGGGGCUUAAUAAUUUAUAAAAAUGGCGAUCGAUACAUAUGAGAAUUCCGAAAGAAACAUUGUCACACUCGAUCGACAAAUCAAAUCGCGUAAAGCUGAAUUAUUAAAACAACGAACUGAAAAUGAAAAACUAAAGAAAGAAAUGGAAUUAUUUUUCAAAGAGAUGCACGAUAUCUGAUGAUAGCAAUAACAAUUAUCUCUCUCUCGCUCGCUCGCUCUCUAUUCACAUAUAUUAAGAUUGUUAUUGAUUUAUAUUAUUUUGUUCGUUUAGUUCCUAAACACCAACAUCCUAUGUAUUAGCUUUCUUGAAGAAAAAACAAAGCUGACUGUCUAUAUCUGAAACAUAGAAUUGAUCUAAUUUAUGAUCUGUUUCCUUAACAAUAGAAAUGUUUGUCGGUAAGUUUACUUAAUGCUCAGUGAUUCUUUUCAACUUUUAAAAAGCAAAAUGUAUUUUCUGGUAGUUUUUCAUUCUAUCAAAGAAUACUACUUUAGAUAAAAUUAUUUUAUUUUCUAUAAGAAUAAUAAUAAAAACAACAACAACAACAAGCAUAACCUUUUUUUUUUCUCAUUUCCACUCCUUAACUGCUAUUCUUGUAGUUAUAAGUUAUUUUGUAAAACAUUCUUUCCAUAUUUAUUAUCAUUAUGAUUAUCGUUAUUGACUUGUAAAAUUAUCUAUUUUUUUUCUUUCAAAUAAACAAACUUAAUACCUUUUGUUGUAAGAUUCAACUGUUUGAGUUCAUUUCUAUCUCUGUAUCUAAUUGGUUAUAUUUGUCAGAUGUAAAAUGAAAAUUUUGUAUUCACAACAACCUGGAGUCUUAAAUCCUGAAUUGGUAUAUAAUUUAAUUUAACAUUGCUAAAUGACCCAUAUUCAUUAUGUCUUGCAGGAAAGUAAACUGAAUGACGAGAAACCCAGUAUUAAAUGCAUAUAUUUGUUGUUUUGUCUAAACUGAAGAAAAAAAAACCGCAAGGCGAUAGUUGAAAAGUAAACUGA